UACACAUCGGUAUCGUCGAAAUGACACUGACCUGGAAUUACUCUCCGAUCAGCAUACUAGGUCUGGUCAUCAUGACGGCACUGAUGUCGGUCUUAUUUCGACCUUCUUGAUGCACCCCCUCUUGCUGCAAGUUGCUGUCAAACAUCCUCAUACCCAACAUGGAGAGUGCCAGUUCCAUCCCGCCAGAAUAUCUUGCCGAUGACUGGGAGAACGUUUAUAUUCGCCCCCGUCGGCUCUGUAGGGGUUAUUGUUGCUGCUACAUAUGCGGCUACAGGUUUUGUGCGGAUCUUUCUCGUUGCGGCCGUUCUUCUAUUAUUUUAAGAUAUCACCGUUACGACAGAGAAAGAGUCUCCCGGACUGAAAACAUAGAACUAUCAAGAUUGCCUUUGUCCAUGGAAAAUGGCUGGUGGGCUUUUCAGCGCAUGAUUCUUUUCAACCAGGAGGAUUUUGCGUACCGACUAUCUGGGGUUGCUAUGGUACACGCCCGGAACAGAACUGUUCCGCAAGGAUGUGUUCCUUUACAGAGGGGGACAGAAACGGACGAUACCCAGCCCGGGGUUCACAGGCCCACAAGGCGCAAAUGCCCCCUGUCGACGGAAUGGGUGGGUUAUAUUGUCCAUGCUCGUUGCUGGGAGCUUCUCUCAUACCAUGAAUUGGGUACUGUCGCGGAGGAUGAUCUAGAUCUUUUUUUUGCUGCCCUUCGACAUAGACGUCUGAUGAUGGGUAGCCAAUGUAGGGCCUGGAGACCAGAAAUGUACCAAGAAGACCCUGUCCGCAUCAAGUCUGUCUCAUCUGUAGUUGAUCUGGCACUAGAGCAAGCGCGGAGGACGAAGCCAAAGAAGGAACCUAGUCGACCUUGUCGCCCCAAGGCGGUGCAGCCCAUAAGCUGCCGGCUUCCGAUGGAGGUUAUUUACAUAAUUUUUGAUUAUAUCCCGUCCCAAACAGUUGCCAACACUGAAAAAGCAUUGAAUUUCUACCUGAGUAACAGCUUCUGGUACUCUAGGGUCUCUGCCAAUCUUUUCUUUGAGACACAAGGCCUCACUGUCGAGGAUGUGGAUUGGAAGAGGUUGUGCUUGAAGCUAGAAAGACGACUUGAGAAGUCCGAGGCAUUACGCGUGCGCCAGUAUCUCCUGAAUUGUCUCGAUAAGAUUUUGAAGGUUGUGGAGAUGCUGAAAGAUGGGGAAUAAGCCUUCGUCAGACUCUUAG